CGGAACACUCACCUACAAUCAAGACCAUCGCCAAUCUCUACAGAAUGGCCGCCCCUCAAGACCGCCGCCCCAUCGUCAUCUCCGGCCCCUCGGGCGUCGGCAAAGGAACCCUCAUCCAGCGACUCUUCACCACCCACCCGGAUACAUUCGGGUUCACUGUCUCGCACACGACGCGAAAACCGCGACCAGGGGAAGUAGACGGCGUCGCCUACUUCUUUGUAACCAGGGAGGAGUUUUCUGCCCUGAUUGAACAGGGCGCGCUCGUUGAGCAUGCCUGUUUCAGUGGGAAUUACUAUGGCACUAGUAAGCGGACUAUUGAUGAGCAGACUGCCAGGGGCUUGGUGGUGGUGCUUGAUAUUGAGAUGCAGGGUGUGAGGCAGUUGAAGGACUCGGGUAUUGAUGCGCGGUAUGUGUUUAUUCGGGCGCCGAGUUUUGAGGUUCUUGAGGAGCGGCUUAGGGCGAGAGGGACGGAGGGGGAGGAGGAUGUGCAGAGGAGACUUGCCCAGGCGAGGGUCGAGCUGGAGUAUGCGGAGGAGGGGGCUUAUGAUAAAAUUAUUGUUAAUGGGGAUGUUGAAGAGGCGUAUAAGGAGCUUGAAAUGUUUGUUUUGGCUGAGAGAUAAUAUAAACAACCAGCAGAACGCCAUACCCAAAAGCAUAAACCCAUAAAAUAAACGUAGACCAGUGUAUCAAGCAACCAUAUCCAUCAUGACAGUCAUAUUCGUCAGCGGAACAUCAACAUCCGCCCCCCUCUGCCCAAGCCUCAUAUAAACCCUCUUCUGCACCGCGUCAAUCCUAGGAUACACAUACGUAAGCCUCGCCGCAUCAGGAACCUCCGAGCACGCCGUUAUCGACGCAGGCUUAUAUUCCAAUUCAGGAAGUACCCUAAGCAGAGACCCAGAUGCUCUAGCCGCAGCAGCCUCUUCAAUGGCAAUCGCCUGUUCCGCAACAACUGCACAGACAUGACUAUUAAAACACCCUUC